AUGGCCACACGACUUGAGAGGAAUAACCACGAGCAGACAUCAAACAGCAUCAUUAAGGCUUCUGUGAACGUGAAGAUUCAUGUGCCGUUUAAAACCUGUUUUGAAAAAAAACUGUCCAGUGAAAGGUUCAAAGAGUUUGUUAGGAGGUCCUUGCAGGCUAACAGCGGAUUCGCAGUGGAUCUUCAGGAUAUUUCUUUCAUCGUGAACAAACCCAUCGAACUCCUUGAGCAAAUGGAAAAGACACAAUCCUACAUGUAUCCAGAGUUGCAGACAGAUACUGUCGAGACCGUGGUUGUAACAGAGGUAACAAAUCCAUUUCGUAUAUUCUGUCAACUCAAGGUCUUUUCUCAGGAGCUGAGGAAGUUAACAGAACAAAUAACUCUGCAUUAUGAAGGAAAAAUUGGAACAAAUUUUGCCAGACCUGAGAAUUUGGGCAGCCCUUGUGCAUCAAGAGGAAGUGACGACAAAUGGUAUCGUUCUGUGCUACAGCAGGUCAUGUCUGCCAACAAUGUGGUUGAGGUUUUGCAUGUGGAUUAUGGGAAGAAACAAUUUGUACAGGUUGACAAUCUCAGACCACUUGCUGCUGAAUUCUUCAGAAUGCCGGUUGUAACGUACGUGUGCUCUCUUCACGGAAUAGUUGACAGAGGUGUUGGUUGGACAGCCUCACAGAUCGAUUUCUUGAAAUCUGUCCUGCUCAACAGAACCGUGAUUGCCAAAUUUCAGUAUCAGAGCCUUUCAGAAGGUGUCCACUAUGUUACGCUUUAUGGCGAGGAGAAUACAAACAUCAAUAGGUUGUUUGAAUUGAAACAGAAAUAUGUUCUGGACUCCGAACUGACCGAUGAUGAGUUUGCUGUUCAGAAGAGCCUGUGGUCUCGAAAGAGAAAAAUUUUAGUGAGAAGCGAGUCCAAACACCCAGAUGGAGCAUACUCUGACCCCAAAAGGAAAAAAAUAGUGUUCUUUACUGGAAGUCUCCCACCUAACACUUCACAUGUAGCUGUUGUGCAACACGUUGACAGCCCUGGAAAGUUUUGGGUUCAGACUCUGCGUUACAAAGAGGAUUUCAAUCUACUAAUGGACGACCUUGGACAUCUGUACAAUAAUCCAACAAGUACAGAAGGUUUAAUCAGAAAGCCUGUCGCUGGUCUCCUCUGUGCUGCCAAGGCACAAGAUGGUGUGUUCUACAGAGCAGCGAUCUGCAUGGUAAUUGACAAGAAAGCAGAAGUUUACUUCCUUGACUAUGGGAACACAGAAAUUGUUGAUUUUUGCAACCUUCGACAGCUACCUCUGAGAUUCCAGGAGUUUCCCGCUUUGGCAGUAAAGUGCUCCCUCCAUGGCAUUAAACCCAAACUGAAACAUUGGGAUGAGAAGGCCACAUCGUUCUUUUCCAGAAUUGUUGAAAACAAAUUACUUGAUCUGCACGUUCAAGACAAGUUUCAAGACACCCAUUUUGUUCAGUUAGUGGAAUCCAAUUUAGAUGGCGAAAAUGAUGUAAGCAAGUUGUUGUGCAGCACAGACCUUGCAGAAUGUGAAAAGAGCUUUGUGGGCAAUCCUGCCUUAAGAUCUUGGAGUUUAAAAACAUCACACAGCACUGACACCGUCAGUACAAGUACUCGACUUGAAACGCCAUCCAGUUCUUCUGUUGUGACGGAAAGUGCAUCAGCUUUCAAGGAAUCUUUAUUUCCAAUUGGAACUUCGCUGGAGGUAACUGUGUCCUACAUUGAAAGUCCAAAUGACUUUUGGUGUCAAAAAGCCCAAAAUGCUGCAUGUUUGAAAGUUCUAAUGCAAGAUAUCCAGCGCUUCUAUACUCACAGCAAAUUUCAGCCUCCUUUUGAAGCAGCUUGUGUUGCCCGUCAUCCUGAAAUUGGUAUAUGGUACAGAGCCUUGGUCAUUCACAAACACCAUACUCCACAUGUUGAUGUGCUUUUCAUUGACUACGGUCAAACAAAGAAGAUUGCCGUUGAAGAUCUUCGGAAGAUUACUCCAGAAUUUCUGAAGAUGAAGGGACAAGCCUUUCGAUGCAGUUUGUAUAAUCUCAUCGCUCACUCAGCUAUAGAAUGGAGCCCUGAAGCCACAUUGCAAAUUCAAGAUUUUGUUGACACUGCAGCCUCCACAAACGUGCCCUUGAAAUGCACCAUUUUUGCUGUAAUGUAUGAUGCCCAGAAAGUUGUGUUCAAUGUGGUGGAUUUGGAAACCCCGCACCAAAGCAUUUCCAAUCUUCUUGUCCAAAGACAUCUAGCUGAUCGUGCACCCUCUAAAAGGUCUCCCAUUUCACCUUUUCGCCUGGACACCUACUACUAUUCCACACAUGGUAUCAAGACUGGGUGUGAAGAGGAAGUGAGUGUCACCUGUGUGAAAAGUGCCACUCAGUUCUUUUGUCAUCUAGACAGAAAUUCGGACCAGCUAGAAAAACUAGCUGACAAAGUCAACACCCUCUGCAGUCAACUAGCGGUCACCAAGUGUCCUCAGAUGUUCGGAACAGUUUGCUUUGUUAAAUUCACAGAUGGACUUUGGUACAGAGGGCAAAUCAAAUCUACAAAACUGUCAACCGUGGUUCACUUUGUGGAUUACGGAGACACAUUGGAUAUCAAUAAAUCAUGCUUGCUACCAGUUCCAAUCGAAGCAGAAGACAUAAUGACUGUCCCAGUGCAGGCAAUCGAAUGUGGGCUCUCAGAUAUACCAGACAACGUACCGGGUGAAGUGGGAAAGUGGUUUCAGAAUUUAGCAGAGGGUGGUUGUUUCAAGGCGUUGAUCGUGGCAAAAGAACCGGGAGGAAAACUGAUAGUGAAACUUUAUGAUGGGAAAACGGAAGUGAAUGCAUCGAUCAUACAGAAGUUUUGCAAUGAAAUCCCCCAAAAUGAACUGAGUGCAAUCAAAGAUUUCGGCACAGAGAACAAGAUUGCACAUAGCUUGGCAACCCAUGUGAGAGAAAGUUUCAGUGGUCUGAAGAAAAAUCCACCAGACAGGGUUCAUAAUUUCAGCCAAAGUCAAACAGGUAUUAGAUUUGAAUCAACACGGAACAGGUGGGGAGUCCAUAAAGAUGGUGGACCAGAACCAACACAGGAAUUUCAGAGGUGCCAUUAUAUCACAAAACCAGGGAUAUCACCAAGAAAGCCAAAUGAUGGAAAGCCAAAUGAGUUUGUGCUCCCUUGUCAAUCUAAGAAAGAUGAAGGUAUUAAAAUCAAGCCCCAGAUGUCUCUCAAAGAAUCAUAUCUCCCAGUGAAACCCAUAAAAUCAGGGAUGGAAGCCAGUGUUUUCAUCUCGCAUUACAAUAGCCCCUUUAGCUUUUUUGUUCAGCUGGCAACUGAUGAGGAUGACAUUUAUGCACUUGUCGAGAAGUUAAAUGAUGGCCAGUUAAAGGGUGUAUAUCUUGAUCCCACUGAUAUUCACAAAGGUGAUCUGGUCCGUGCAGUGUUUCCCGAUGAUAACUCUUGGUACCGUGCAGCAGUAAGAAAAAACACUGGUGACACAAUUCAUGUUGAGUUCAUUGACUUUGGAAACACUGCUGACAUUUCUCCCUCAAAAAUAUGUCAACUUGAACAAUCGUUUGCUUCGUUUCCAAGGUACGACGUCCACUGCUCACUAAAUAAACAGUAUGUUGACAGCACAGACCAAGCUUCCAGCUUCAAACGGCUAAUUAAAGAAAAUGUUGAUAAGGUCGUUUGCACAUUUGUGAAGCUUUCAGGUGCUGUGUGGGAAGUGAAACUUGAUGUUAAUGGUGUGGUGCUUGGAUCCACAUGCAAGGAUGAAAGUCCACCAACAGCUGAGCUCAAGAGCACAGGUGUCAAGCAAAUGUCUGAAGUCACGACCUGCACCUAUUACAAAAACCCUGAACUAUCAGUUGGACAUAUGAUCAAUGGAUAUGCCUCAGUCAUCAAAGGUCCUCAACUCUUCUGGUGUCAGUAUGCAACUGACAAACUUCAAGAGAUUGCAGAUGUGCUACAGAAUGUCGCUGAUAUGUCGGAGAAUACAUUGAAGGAAGAUUCUCUGCCAGUGGGAAUUGCCCUUUUCGCUGAAGACAAUCUGUGGUAUCGUGCUAAAGUAACAACUAGGUACCAUGACACAUUGUCUGUUACUUUUGUAGACUAUGGAAACGAAUCCAAAGUCAAUGUAGGGAAUGUGAAAGCACUUCCAUCCGAGCUAUCUGAUAUUCCCCCUCAGGCGUUUGACUGCCAGCUUGAUGGCUUUGAUGUUUCCAAAGGUUUCUGGGAUGAAAAGGCAGAUGAUGAGUUUUAUGAGCUAGUUAAUGACAAGCUUUUAAACAUCACCGUUGAGAGAAUGGGAACCUCUGAAAUGCCCCACUUUGUCAAGCUGGAGUUUGAUGGUGUUGUCAUCAAUGAUGCAAUGCUACAAUAUUGGAAAAGUCAUGAAGGCCCAUCAGUUAAACUCUUAAAUGGCCGAAAACUUGUCCCCUACGAAGAUUCUGUGGUAAUUGAGAUCAAUAUAGGCUCAGAAAAAACUCUUGAAGCAGACACUGAUGUUUCUUAUGAAAUCUCUACCCCAUACCUCAAAAUACAGCAAGAGGAACAGUCUGAGGAACUAUCAGAUGCAGGUCCCAUAGACAAUUCAGAUGGCAUCCUUCAACAGGAACUUCCAUCUGAAUUGUGCCAUGUUGAACCAGAGUCUCUGUCAUCUCCGAUUUUUCGGUCAGAUUUUGGUUGUAUAAGGCAGGCUACAGUGAAGAAACUUGUUGGAUCAGAAUGUGUUAUCUGGUCUCACGUAAGAAGAAAUUGGUGUAAGGCACAAGUUUUGAAGGUUUCUGAAGAUGCUGCAUUGGUUCUGCUUGUAGACCAUGAUUCUGAGGUGGUGGUCGAUCCUCUCAACAUCUAUGAAAUACUGCCAGAAAAGCCAUUAGAGCCAAUAAGCAGGGAAGCUUCAAUUCUGGAUGAUGAGCUAACCAAAGUAAUGCAUGCUGCACAAAAGAAGAUUUCCUCUCAGGCCGAAGAUGCAGAAUAUGAAGCUGCUUUCGCUUCCUCUGAGGAACCAAAAGAACGUCAAGGUGAUAAGAGUUGUAAAAGACUCGUGGAGCAGAUGGAUCUAGAUGAUGAACCCGCAGAACAGCUUCAAGUGGAGGAACCCAUGUCCUGUUUUGAAGACUUAAUCAAAGUUGCUGAAGAAGUGUCCGGGGCAGGAGCACAACUAAUUGAAGUACUGACCUCUACUGCAUGUUUAGAGCACCUACAAAACGGAGAGACCAAAGAUGACAUAAAUUCUUUAGCUGGGGCUGCAAAUAACAUGGUUGAUGUACUGAUGGAUUUCCUUGACGUUGAACUCCUGGAUAAGGUACAGGAAGAUUUUUGCAAAAAUGGAUCCGAAAUGGAUGCUUUGCUUGAGGAGUUCGACUGUGUUACUCCAGAUCUGCUUGUUCUGACCAGUGCCGAUGGAGCAGAAUCAUACACUGGGUCUGAUGGCAAGCUACAGGGAGAUGCAGGUGUGAUGGAGGUCUGUCCUGAUUCUGAAGAAUAUCCAUGUGUACAAGUCAAACCACAAGAAGGGCCAAAUGCAUCUGAUUGCACCAGCACAGAAGAACAGGAUUUAAGAGUCACUCAUCUGACAUUGAAAGUUGAAGAUGAAUCCGAUGAUAUCCUUUUUGUUGGUGUUUUGCGAGAAUCCCAAUAAUGUCAAUAAUAGAUGCUUCUGAAUAUCGGAAGGUAUGAAAUAAUCUGCUGUUCUCAAUCAUCAUCUAUAAAAUCUAAAAAUCCAUACUUUUCGCAAUGCAGAAGUUAGUGAAACAUUUGUAUUUGGUCCUGAAGACCUUGAAACAGGACCCACACCACAGUUCCAAAGCAAGGAAGCUCAGACGAUCGAGAGUUGAUAAACAAAUGGCUUCAGAAAUUCUGUCCUUUGUGGAAACUGAUACACAGGUGCCAAGAAUCAUGUGCUCAGCAGGUUGGCGGAUCAACCAAACUGCGGUUCUUGUUCCGUUCCCUUUCAGCGUGACUAUAAAGCCAUAGACGUCAUUGUGCAAAACCUACUUGAAAGAAAACUAAUUGUAUCAGCCAAUGUGUAAUAUCCAUGUAAGCCCAUUUGAAAUGAAGAGCAGAUGCAUAAACCAAUGAUAAAAAUAAUCGGGAAUUGAAAUCAGGUCAGAUGGUGUAAUGCUGUUGCCACAGACACAUUGCCAUUUUUGUUAAAUAUAAGAUGAUGUUACAUAUAUAAAAGGCAUUCUAAAGAUCUGUUAACUUAACAGCCUAAUAUUAAAUUAAUUGUUUGUUCAUUUAAAGUAAUGUGAUUAACUGUUAUAUCCUUGAUCUGCAUUCAAGUCUAGAUUUCUUAAUGCUAACUCUAAAUAAGUAUGUUUUCUGUGUCACAUUUAGUGAAAUCUUUUUGGUCCAGGGGUAUUUUACAAAUGCUUUUGUGUGAAAUGUACCUAAAAAAAAGAACAUGUUGAUUCAUAUUAGACUAGUUUGGUUUUUAACAUUCAAUUCACAAAUCAAACUACUGACCAGAAGAACAUUUUAUGGUCCUGUAAAUCAAAUUCUGUAACCUCAGUUGUUGGUCUGUGGUUUAUGAAGACUAGCGGUCUUCUAAUCUGAACGAAGAUUAUAAAGCA